UGCGCUGCCCUAGGUCAUCAUCCACCGGCUCCUGAGCAUGUUCCACCCGCGGCCCUUCGUGAAGACCCGCUUUGCCCCGCAGGGGGCAGUCGCCUGUGUGACAGCGGUCAGCGACUUCUACUACACCGUGAUGUUCCGGAUCCACGCCGAGUUCCAGCUCAGUGAGCCGCCCGACUUCCCCUUCUGGUUCUCGCCCGGCCAGUUCACCGGCCACAUCGUCCUCUCCAAAGAUGCCACCCACGUGCGUGACUUCCGGCUCUUCGUGCCCAACCACAGGUGGGAACUUGGGCCCAAGCCUCCAGCUCCAGGGUUGGAAGCAGGUGCCCAGAGGCCCCUCAGUCUCU